UUAUAGUAGUCCAGGAACCUCGCAGUCACAGACCCGCAACAUAACCCCCGUCCCGCUAGUCCCCUUGGCCAGGUUGCACCCAGUGAGAUGGUGCAUACCCUGCCUUAAGUCUCACAAAAUCUACAAUGCCUGCAAUCAGUCCUCCAGGGAUCUGGAAAUUAAAUCCUGCAAUACCAAUUUAUGAUACAACAUGACACGCCCUCUCGGAAUUUAUAUGAUCUGAAAUGUCUGUGUUGGGUAUGCUAAUAGAAACUGUUUGCUUAGCCGGAAGAGUAUUUCUAGGGUCUUAAAAUGAACAGGGUACCGACAAAGGUGAUGCCAGUUCAAUAGACGAAAUUAAAACCCUUUUUUUACGUGGCAGGUAGAACCAAAUUUUCUAGGAAAAUUACAAUUUGAAGAUGAUGACAGUUGGAUUAAAGACUUUGCCUUCAUGGCACUUCGAAAUGCUGCAUAAUAUCACUGUAAAAGGCAUAUAGGUAUAUCACAAGUGGCAAAACAUACGUCAGCUGGGGUGCCUGCUCCACGUGUUAUUAUUAAUAUUCCUAAAAUAGCUGUAAAGUGUGCAAUUUUGGGAUAUUCAUUUUCUUGUAGAGCGAAGGACGUGCAUGGUAGUAGUAGCACGUGCUUGUAUGUAUUCAUUCAUGGCUUCUAGAUGAUGAAUUAAAUUAGAGAAUUAGGGUUCUGUUUUGAACGCAGCUUUUUGAGGCUUUUGGGGGCGACACCUACCACCAAGUCAUUUAAUCAGCCAAACAAACCCCAAGUUGGGCCUCUUUCUUUGAUUUUAGAUUACUAAAAAAUCAGCAUCUUAAUUACCCAGGCAACCCUUAGUUCAUAUCCAUAGUGUUAAUUAAUUUCCUUAUUGAGAUGAAGCUCAUCCAAAGAGUGACAAAAAACAAAGAGAUGGAUAAGGGAGGGAAUGAUGAAUGGAGAAUGGAGCCGCCCUUGUGUGUUUGCCCCUGCCUGCUUAGCUCUCUCAAGUCGAUCUGGAUAUAACCUGGAACGUUGCUGUCACUGAUUUAUGCAAACAAAUAAGUCUUGCUUUCAAGUCCAAGUCUUCACCCUCUGGUAGUCCAAGUCUUCCUCCCCUUUAAGUCUCAAGUCUUCGUGGGCAUUGAUAUCUAUCCUUAUCUUUUCAUUAUUUUUAUUACUUGCCACUCUAUUUCCUUAAUUUUUUUUUCUUAAUAAAAGUUAAUUUUUGACCAAAUAUUUCUAAUUAUUGUCCAGCAUAGGAAGUAAAGCAAAUAAAACAUCAGUUUAUUUAGUUAAUAAAUCUUACGAAAGAAAUGUAUUUGUAACGUAGAAUUUAUAUAAAAUGUAUUAAGUAAUUUUUGGAAAGUUAAAAUUUUAUUUUCUAAGAAAAUUUUGAUUCUAACUUUCUAGACUUUUGGGCUUAUAUAUUCCUUAUACCUAAAUAUGUUUUAAGGCCAGAUGCUUUCAUUCAAAAAAUAUCCUUAACCUACUCCUAUCAUUCCUAAAAGCACUCAAAGGUUGAACUUUGGAUUGUUGAAGAGAUUUGCAUCUCUUUGGAGGCUAAGGCAAAUCAACUCGAGUAUUUCCGUCGCAACGAUGACGUCAUCUGGAUUCCGGCCCCUUGACGACAAGUCUCUCGUAGAGUACAUAAAGGCCACGCCUGCUCUCUUCUCCAAGCUUGCAAACCAGCUCCAUGGAUUGCAGAUCAAAGAAGUGGGCGACGGCAAUCUCAACUUCGUCUACGUCGUCAUCUCUUCCGCCGGCUCCUUCGUCAUCAAACAGGCGUUGCCGUACAUACGUAGUAUAGGGGAAUCGUGGCCGAUGACGAAGGACCGGGCGUAUUUUGAAGCGACGGCUUUGAGAGAGCAGCGUCGCUGGUGCUCCAAUCAUGUGCCGGAGGUUUAUCAUUUUGAUAGGGAAAUGGCUGUAAUCGGUAUGAGGUACUUGGAGCCUCCGCAUAUAAUUCUUAGAAAGGGCCUGAUUGCUGGAAUUGAGUACCCGUUGCUUGCAGAACACAUGUCGGAGUUCAUGGCGAGGACUCUUUUCUUCACAUCUCUUCUAUACCAUGACACAACAGAGCACAAACGUGCAGUUGCUGAAUUUUGUGGAAAUGUGGAGUUAUGUCGGCACACUGGGCAAGUUGUUUUCUCUGAUCCAUACAAAGUAUCUCAGUAUAAUUGGUGGACUUCCCCUUAUCUUGACCGUGAUGCCGAGGCAGUUCGAGAGGAUAACAUUUUGAAGCUUGAAGUUGCUGAGUUGAAAUCUAUGUUCUGUGAGAGAUCGCAAGCCCUAGUACAUGGAGAUCUUCAUACUGGUUCAGUUAUGGUUACCCCUGAUUCGACUCAAGUUAUAGAUCCAGAAUUUGGCUUUUAUGGACCAAUGGGGUUUGAUAUAGGCGCUUUUUUAGGAAACUUGAUUUUGGCAUACUUUGCACAAGAUGGGCAUGAUGAUCAAGUGAAUGAUAGAAAAACAUAUAAAAAAUGGAUUUUGAAGACAAUAGAACAGACUUGGAAUUUUUUCCACAAAAAAUUUACUGCAUUAUGGAAUGAACACAGGAAUGGCUCUGGUGAGGCGUAUCUUCCAGAAAUUUAUAAUAACCCUGAACUUCAGCUUCUUACACAAAAGAAAUACAUGCAAGAUUUGUUGCAUGACACCCUCGGAUUUGGUGCUGCCAAAAUGAUAAGGAGAAUUGUUGGUGUAGCACAUGUUGAGGAUUUUGAAUCAAUUGUUGAUGCUAGCAAGCGAGCUAACUGUGAGAGACAGGCACUUGUAUUUGCAAAGAUGCUUUUGAAGGAAAGGAGAAAAUUUCAGGCUAUCACUGAAGUUGUUUCAGCCAUUCAGCAAGAACAAUCAUGAGAAAAGUAUUAGGAUGUAUCUCCAUUCAACUGCUGCAUGGUGUGAUGAAAUGAGGAAGAAUUUGACAAUAUGGGGGAAUGGGAGUGGGUUUGUGGUUGUGUCUGGGGUUUGGUUUGGGUUGGUUGUUUUCGGGGCAUCAUUUGGUUUAGUUGGGUAGUGGUUGUUUGUCACUUGUUAGGUGAGGAGAAGGGGAGGAGGCGUGGUGGUGGUGUUGCUGUUUGGUUCAGGUUUGUUUUGUGUAAUGUGUUUCAGUAUGUUUUGAUUAGUUUAGAGCUCCAUCCCUGUGACAAUCUUGUAUAUGAAUCAGAGAAAAGGAGAUGCAUGGAAGGAUUUCAUUUUUUAUAUUGAAAUUUGCUAAUCUAUUCAAA